AUGCCGGAAGUUUCUGCCGCAGAUUGGCAAGGCCUCGCAGCCUCAAAGCGAGAAGACAAUCUCAGGAAGAUCCCAGAGAAGUGGAGGCUACCCCAGUCGUUGACUGAGCGAUUCACAGAAGCAUCCGCCAUCUCCGUUACUGACCUCACGUCAAUAGCUGCAUUGGUCGAGCUUAUGCGGAAGAGGGCGGUGACAAGCGUGGAAGUCGUCACGGCAUUUUGCAAGAGAGCGGCAAUCGCGCAACAAUGCGUGAACUGCCUCACAGAGGUCUUUUUCAAGGAAGCCAUAGCAAGGGCGGAGGAAUGCGAUGAGUAUCUUGAGUACAACGGACGGCCAAUGGGUCCGUUACAUGGCCUGCCCAUCAGUCUAAAGGAUUCCUUCAACGUCAAAGGUACACAAGCAACAAUCGGCUACAUCUCCUUCCUCUCCCGCCCACCAGCAACCUCAAACUCCAAUCUUGUGAACCUCUUGUACUCGCACGGCGCAGUCUUCUACUGCAAAACCAACCUACCCCAAACAAUGAUGACUGCGGAUUCUCACAAUAACCUCUUCGGCCGCACGCUAAAUCCGCACAACCUCUCAAUGACAGCCGGGGGCUCCACAGGCGGCGAGGGCGCUCUCCUCGCCAUGCGUGGCUCAAUCCUAGGGCUAGCAACUGACGUAGCUGGCUCGUGCCGUAUACCUGCACUGUGCUGCGGACUGGCCAGCUUCAAGCCGAGCGUAGGCAGGGUCCCGUUCGGAGGCGGCGUACCGCCCGGUCGUCUAGGAAGUCCUGGCCCCAUCCUGCCUGUAAUCGGACCUAUGGGCCACUCGAUCCGCGACAUAGAGCUCACAAUGAAGACAAUCUGCAACAGCGAUACUUGGACUUUCGACGAGAACGUCCUGGGCGUGCCGUGGCGCGCUGUCCAACCUUACACGCGGCCCCUGAGAUUUGGCCUCAUUCGCGGUAUCCCGAAGAGACCUUUGCAUCCGCCCAUAGCCCGGGCGCUGCAUUCCUGCGCUACGAAGCUGAAGGCUAAAGGUCACCCCGUUGUGCUGCUCGAUGACAAAGUACCCGAUAUAUGGGACUCCGCUAUCCUGGCGUGGAAGUUCUUUCUUCUCGACCCCAAGAAAACUCCCAUAUCCUACCUUAAGCAAGCGGGCGAGCCCGUGGUACCUAGUUUGGGCACAACAAUGGUGGAAGAGAUUCGCGGAUUUGAGCCAAGUCUGGACGGGCUGUGGGACAUGAAUCUUGAGCGGUUCAAGGUUUUGCAUGCCUGGCAUAAGGUGAUGGUUGAGAAUGAGCUGGAUGCGGUCCUGAUGCCUGGAAACUCGGCGACGGCGGUGAAGCAUGACACGUAUGGAUUGGCGCCAUUUACAGUGUUGCAGAAUAUGCUGAACUACCCGUCCGGCAUUUUGCCGCAUUUGAGAGCUGAGGAGGAGCUGGACAGGUCAUUCGUUAAAGAAGAUGCUGCUUAUGAACCGCCGUAUGAACCGAAAGUUCUAGAAGGACUACCGGCGCAUGUCCAAGUCAUGGGAAAAGCGAUGAAAGAUGAGGAGCUUAUGGAAAUAUUGAAGGUUGUCGAGAAGACCUUGGCGGAAUGA